UUUUUAGUGGAUUCUUAUUCUGUUGUUAUUCAAUUUAUACGAGUUGAGUUUUAGACAUUGGCUAAGUUUGAAUUCCGUCAUUUGAACAAACGGUCAACGUAGACCGUUCUAAAUUACUAUCGAGUUGGUUUGUGAUUACAGUGUUAUGGUGCUUCAAAGACACAGCUAGCAUGGUCCAACAAAAUGUUGGAUGGCGUGGGGCGUGUUCACGUUCAGUAGAGACGGGCGCGCGCGGCUGGCCGGGGUCCUGCGCGCGCUGCUCAUCGCUCAGCUCGUCGUCUCCUUGUGCAUGGUCAUCUUCUGCUACAACACUAGCCUGCGGGUGAUGCUGCUGCUUAAGCAUAUACAUAAAGUAACAGUCCUCCUCCUGUACGGACUGAUCCUCUUCCAAGCGUACGGUAUGAAGCUCCACUACACUGGAGGACUGCGCCUCAUAGCGGUGCUACUGAAGUGUCCUCACUGGAAGCGAGCGACACUCGUCAGCAGCGUGUGGCUGCUCAGCGGCUCGCUGGUCGCUGCCAACGGGAUGCUCGUGUAUGCUGCCUGCAGGGGGACUCUGAAGGCUCUGAUGAAGGAGUUAUCAUCAUCGCUACGUAUCGGUAUCUCGCAGUAUUUGACGGAACCGACUUGGAAGGCGCUUAUGGAUACAAUGCAGGUGGAACUAAGUUGCUGUGGAGCGGACAAGCCUACAGACUGGCACGAGAUACCCUGGAUCAACAUGGACUUCUUAAAUGAAGGAUCUGAGUUGGUCAUGAAGUUAGCGGGCGCAGAUGGUAAGGUGCUGCCCCCUGUAUCCCCGUACUCGUGUUGUACGCCGCGUGUACUUGCUCCGUGCUACCACGACCCUUUACAACAGUGCUUACUCAGCUCCUCCGUACGAGUGCCCGCGAGGCCGUGCUGCGCGGGGACUGCAGCGGGACUGGACGCGGCGUACUCUUUGGAAGACUGCCGCUACAACUGCAGCGCACGACAUCGAGCCGGGAAGAAGAGCUCCUAGCAUGUUCGAGUACGAGCGCGGGCGUGGUCCCGGAGCCGGCGGCCGGGCCCACCUACUGCGCGCACUACUCGCGCCGCGGCCGCAGGCGGCACUGCAGGACACAUGCCAGGAACAGCUACCCGUACCUGUCUUACGGAGCACGGGGUCCAGCAGGGG